UGGAGCAUGGUUGCAGUCUUUACGCGUCUGUUGGCUAAGCCACACUGCUCCUGGGACUGAACGUACGGCUUAGCAGUCGAUGCGCGCGCGUUUCUCAAUUGUACUCGGUUUGAAUGCGGUUUUUUCUUCAUUACUGGUCGUAGUUCUUUCGCAGAGGUACUUGCGGUUGUGGAUUUACGUAAUUGGUACCAAGAUUUGGUUUUUAUUCGAAUUCUUCGAAGCUGUGGACAAAAUGUUCCGCAGGCAGAGAGCAGCAUCGAUCCUUGCUACCGAAGUUUUGUUCUGAAAUUUCACACUCUUCUUCCGAAUCUUAAUUCUUAAAUGCUGAUGGGUUGUAGCGGAGAGUCCCAGCACUAGUGUACAUAAAUAGUAAAUCAAGCAACGAUAGCCAAUAAAUAGUGCCAAAAUGACAACCUUAUCACAUCCCUAUAAAGACUGUCCGGGACCGAAAGAGGUGCCUACCGAAUACAUCAAGGACGUGGAUGUGUUGUUUGAAUGGAUCAAGCAGCAGCCACGGUUUCCAGCGUUCACAAAAAACCACGCUCAUCUCUUUCUCCAUGCGUGCCUAUGGAAUUUGGAGGAUGCGAAAAAGGCCCUGUAUAAAUACGCUCACAUCCAUGCGACGGCGCCGGAUAUUUUCGACAAUCGGGAUGUGCUCUCGACGGGGGUGCAGUUAGUGCUGAACAUGACCCACAUGGUUUCGCUACCAAAGCUGACACCGGAAGGAUAUCGAUUACUGUGUUACCGUUUGUCCGAUACCGAUCCAUCGAGGAUGAACUUCGGCGAGGCAGUAAAGACAUUCUGCAUGUUUAACGAUGUCCAGAUUAGCAAGGACGGUCCCAUCGAGGGUUACAUUGUAAUUUUCGACAUGAAAGGCGUGCGGUUGGGUCAUCUGGCGCGGGUACAGUUCGGUCCACUGAGGACGUUCAUGAGCUACAUUCAGGAUGCACAUCCUGUUCGACUGAAAAAAAUCUACAUCGUCCACACGGCUUCAUUCAUCAAUCAGGUGAUGGCUCUGGUGAAACCGCUGAUUAAGUCGGAGCUGCUUGGUUUGCUGCAGUUUUCAACUUCCGGGCCAAUCGACAUACUGGGAGCUGAUCUUAUGCCAAAAGACUACGGUGGCCCCUUCGAAGACUUAGCAACUAUGCACGCGGAGCAGAAAAAGGAAAUCGAAUCUGACUACCGCGAGUGGCUGAUAGACACAGCUGCACUGAAAGAGGCACCCAAGGAUAACAAAAGCAACGCGAUAAAACCACCGACAAAGGCAUUCCGUGGAUUGGAGAUUGACUAACCGUUACGUUACGUUUAAUUAUAGUAGAGAAUAUAUGUACCGUGGCUUCACUGAGUAUAUAACACACAAACAACACAUACACAUACACAUCUGACAAGACAGGAGAGGACAUCGUUUUAGAAGCGUGUGAUAGAUUAUGGAAAUGUUUUGGUUGAGGAACUUUUUUAAAAAUUUUAGUCAUGUAGCGUGUCAAGACACUUGUUGAUUUGUAACAUAUGAGAAAUAUAAAUGUUAACCAUGUGA